AUGUCUAUGAAGCGAUCCCCAUCGAAAUCCUUGGAUGAGAUCAAGGCGGCAGCUAAAGUCGCAUGCCAGGAAACCGAAUUCGAACGAAGAAAACGACAACGAACUCAAGGCCCCGAUUCGAAAGACUCGAAGCAAUCAAGCGACACCGGCAGUUCGACGGCUAUACCAUCGCCAAAUCCAGGCGGCACGACUUUCACCUUCUCCGUACGCGCAAAACAAGCUGUUAAUACCGGAAUGGGCACAAGCAUGAGCAAGUUCCGUGUGCCCCAAGCGGUUGCACCAGCUCCGAUGGCAUUCAAUGUACCCGUACCACCUCCGUUUACUUUCAUCGUACCAUUCGGGAUGUCCAAACCGUUGGUGACCCCGAGACCGAUUGAACCUGUCCUUGUAGGCCCCGUGCUUCCGUCCUCGUCCUCGACCCCAGUACCGCAACCUCUUCCAACCCCCAUCGUCUCGCAACCGGUCGCCUUUACAAAAGCUCAGGUUAUCCAAUCUCAAAAUACAAACGAACGAGCCGCAUCUGAAGAAGGGAGCACGGGUACUGGUUCGGGUAUGCCUGGGAGUACCGACUCGGAAGCUUCAUUUCUUUCGUCAACAACGAAUAACGAGCCACCAGUUGGUAGAAAUGAUCGCUUGAAACGAUUGACACGUUCAAACCGCGUGGAUUUAGCCCUCACUCUUUUGCAAGAUGGAGGCAUCGACUUCGCCGAGUUCCUCAUAGACGCAUUGGAUCCGAGCAGACCAGAGUUCUCUACAUGCCAAGAUCAACUGUACGAAGGCAGGGAAACGCAGCUUUCAAACGUGCUGGACAUGAUAAUAAGACAUCCACGUGGCAAACAGCAGUUAAAAGAUUGGAUAAAGGGCAAAGUCGAGAAUGCAUAA